UAGCACAUUCCGUGAGUUUCCUUUGGGAAAUUAAAGCUGUAGCCUGGCAGAAAAGGGCGAGAAAAAACUAAACAAAAUAACAUCUUCACACUCUAUUCAGCCAACUCAUUGUUUGAAUAUUCGCGCUUUCACGACCGUGUUGAUAAGCCUUAUCGGUGACGUCGACGAUAAAGAACCCAGGCGGCCGCCGUUUCUGCGUUACUCUUUCCGCGCCGAUGCUGAGACGCACUCCUCUGCCGGGCGGCGAGCGGGGCGUAAGCACACGGGCUUGACUGACACAUGCUGCGGUACUCUUCCCGUUUUAUGGCUGUGAAUUAGCUGUAUGCUAAUAUCGACAAGGGGAGCGGAGCCAGCGGAGUCUGAAAGGGCUCCUUUGCAGCCAUGGCUGAAGGCGGAGAAGGAGAGGAUGAGAUCCAGUUCCUUAGAACUGAUGAUGAAGUGGUUCUCCAGUGCGUGGCCUGCAUCCAGAAGGAGAAUCGUAAGUUUUGCCUGGCUGCUGAAGGGCUGGGCAAUCGCCUAUGUUACCUGGAGCCCACAUCGGAGGCAAAGUAUGUGCCUCCAGACCUGUGCAUCUGUACCUUUGUGCUGCAGCAGUCUCUGUCGGUACGAGCUCUACAGGAAAUGCUUGCUAAAAGUGGACAGAACAGUGAAGGGGCAGCGCACAGCGGUGGACAUAAGACUCUGCUCUACGGCCAUGCCAUCCUCUUGCGGCAUUCUUUCAGCUCUAUGUACUUGGCAUGUUUGAAGACAUCCAGGUCCCAGACAGAUAAGCUGUCCUUUGAUGUUGGCCUCCAGGAGGAUUCAACAGGGGAAGCCUGCUGGUGGACGAUCCAUCCAGCUUCAAAACAGAGAUCAGAAGGAGAAAAAGUGCGCAUUGGUGAUGACCUCAUCCUUGUCAGCGUAUCCUCAGAGCGAUACCUUCACUUGUCCAUCUCCAAUGGCAACAUCCAGGUGGAUGCUUCCUUCAUGCAGACUCUGUGGAAUGUCCACCCCAUUUGUUCUGGUAGCAACAUUGAAGAAGGCUACCUGUUGGGGGGCCAUGUUCUGCGCCUCUUUCACGGUCAUGACGAGGUGGUGAGCAUCCCAGGAUCAGACCAGAGUGAGGAACAGCAGAGGAUAGUCAACUAUGAGACGGGUAAAGCAGGUGCCAAGGCAAGGUCCUUAUGGAGGCUGGAGCCACUACGAAUUAGUUGGAGUGGAAGCCACAUCCGCUGGGGACAGCCUUUUCGACUUCGUCACCUGACAACAGGUCACUACCUGGCCUUAACUGAGGACAGGGGACUGGUCCUGCAGGACCGGGAGAGGUCAGACACAGUUUCCACAACUUUCUGCUUUAGAGCAUCAAAGGAAAAGCUGGAGCAGAGCCCCAAGCGGGACAUUGAGGGUAUGGGGGUGGCAGAGAUAAAAUAUGGAGACUCGCUCUGCUUCAUCAUGCAUGUAGCCACAGGUCUGUGGCUCUCCUACCAAGCGCCUGAUGUCAAAUCUACUCGACUGGGUCCGCUCAAGAGAAGAGCUUGUCUUCAUUCUGAAGGCCACAUGGAUGACGGGUUAACCCUGCAGCGUUGUCAACAUGAAGAGUCUCGGGCUGCCAGAAUCAUCCGCAACACAACACUUCUCUUUAACCGAUUCAUCAGAGACCUUGACUGCCUGAGCGUUAAAAACAGAACCCUUGUAGCGUUGCCUGUCGAGGAGGUGCUCCAAACACUCAACGACCUCAUCACCUAUUUCCAACUCCCUGAUGUCGAGCUGGAGCAUGAGGAGAGGCAGAUAAAGCUGCGUUCACUCAAGAACAGACAGAAUCUCUUCAAACAGGAAGGCAUGCUGACCCUUGUGUCCAACUGCAUUGACCGGCUAAACGUCUAUAACAGUGCGGCCCAUUUUGGGGAGUGUGCUGGGUCAGAGGCAGGAGCAGCUUGGAAAGACAUUCUUAACCUGCUGUAUGAGCUGCUGGCGGCACUAAUCAGAGGAAACCGGAACAACUGUACCCAGUUCUCAAACAAUUUGGAUUGGCUGGUGAGCAAGUUGGAAAGAUUAGAGUCUUCUUCAGGCAUCUUAGAAGUUCUGCACUGCAUCCUAAUCGAGAGCCCCGAGGCACUUAAUAUCAUCCAGAAAGGACACAUUAAGUCUAUCAUAUCACUGCUCUACAAACAUGGUCGCAACCACAAGAUUCUAGAUGUGCUCUGUUCCCUGUGUGUGUGCAAUGGUGUAGCUGUGCGAACCAAUCAGAACCUCAUUUGUGAUCAUUUGCUGCCCAAAAGAGAUUUGCUUUUGCAAACCCAGCUGGUCAAUGAUGUCCAGAGCAUGAGACCAAACAUCUUCCUGGGAGUCAGUGAGGGCUCUGCUCAGUAUAAAAAGUGGUAUUACGAACUGAUGAUUGACCAGGUGGACCACUUUGUGACCAGCGAGCCCUCCCACCUGAGAGUGGGCUGGGCAAACAGCAAAGGUUAUGCACCCUAUCCUGGAGGAGGGGAGGGCUGGGGGGGCAAUGGAGUUGGGGAUGACCUCUACUCGUAUGGCUUUGAUGGCCUUCACCUCUGGUCAGGUCGUAUCCCGCGGGCUGUUGCCUCUGUGAACCAACAUAUCUUGACUUCAGAAGAUGUGGUCAGCUGUUGUCUAGACUUGGGAGCUCCCAGCAUCUCCUUCAGGAUAAACGGGCAGCCGGUCCAGGGCAUGUUUGAAAACUUUAACACAGACGGACUCUUUUUUCCUGUUGUCAGCUUCUCUGCAGGGGUCAAAGUACGCUUCCUGUUGGGUGGCCGUCAUGGUGACUUUAAGUUCCUGCCCCCGUCAAGUUAUGCUCCCUGCUAUGAGGCUCUGCUGCCAAAGGAGAAAAUGAAGGUAGAGCCGGUAAAAGAGUAUAAAAGAGAUGUUGAGGGAGUUCGUGAUCUGCUUGGAAACACCCAGUUCACCUCACAGGCCUCCUUUAUUCCCACUCCUGUGGAGACUAGCCAGGUUUUCAUGCCACCUCAUUUGGAGAAAGUACGGGACAAGCUGGCUGAAAACAUACAUGAACUGUGGGGCAUGAAUAAGAUUGAACUGGGGUGGACUUACGGCAAGAUAAGAGAUGAUAACAAACGACAGCAUCCAUGCCUUGUUGAUUUCUGCAAGCUGCCAGAGACAGAGAAGAACUACAACCUGCAGAUGUCAACAGAAACUCUAAAGACCCUGCUAGCAUUAGGAUGCCGCAUUGUUCAGGUGAAUCCAAAUGCAGAGGACUCCCUGAAAAAAAUUAAGUUACCCAAGAACUACAUGAUGUCCAACAGCUAUAAACCAUCCCCUUUGGACCUGUCUGACAUCAAACUGACGCCAGGUCAGGAGCUGCUGGUGGACAAACUAGCAGAGAAUGCACACAAUGUGUGGGCAAAAGAUCGCAUCAAGCAGGGAUGGACCUAUGGCAUUCAGCAGGAUCUGAAGAGUAAGCGUAACCCUCGUCUGGUUCCCUAUGUGCUACUGGAUGAGCGUACCAAGAAGUCCAACAGGGACAGUCUGCGGGAGGCUAUCCGCACCAUGAUUGGUUAUGGAUACAACAUAGAGCCUUCAGACCAGGAAGGUGGCCAAGUGGUUGAACGACUCAGUAUUGAUAAGAUCCGCUUCUUCAGAGUGGAAAGGACAUAUGCAGUGAAGACUGGAAAGUGGUACUUUGAAUUUGAAGCUGUUACUGGAGGAGACAUGCGAGUAGGCUGGGCCAGGCCUGGAUGCAAACCCGAUGUGGAGCUUGGUACAGAUAAGCUUGCUUUCGUAUUCGAUGGAUAUAGGGGCCACUGUUUGAACAUGGGUAGCAGAUUGUUUGGGCGCUGCUGGCAUGCUGGAGAUGUAGUUGGCUGCAUGAUCAACAUGGAGGACAAGUCUAUGAUUUUUACCCUUAACGGAGAGAUCCUGAUUACAUCCAAGGGCUCUGAACUCUGUUUCACUGACUUUGAAACUGAGGAUGGAUUUAUUCCAGUCUGCAGUCUUGGCCUUGCUCAAGUGGGUCGUAUGAAUCUAGGGAAAGAUGCCAGUACCUUCAAAUACUACACUACAUGUGGCCUUCAAGAGGGAUUUGAACCUUUUGCAGUCAACAUGAACAGGGAAGUCACAAUGUGGUUCAGUAAGCGUCUGCCUACUUUUGUCAAUGUGCCAAAGGACCACAACCAUAUUGCAGUAACAAGGAUUGACGGUACUAUCGACAGCCCCCCAUGUCUGAAGGUCACCCAUAAGACAUUUGGCAACCAGAACAGUAAUGCUGACACGGUAUUCUGUCGUCUCAGCAUGCCAGUAGAGUUCCACUCCUUCUUCAAGCAGAGCCCAGUGGUGGACAUAAACGGCGUGCAUGAAGAGGAUUUGCUCAAGGUUAAACACAGCUUUACUAAAUAUUACCACUCAGUGAGAAUCUUCGCUGGUCAGGACCCUUCCUGUGUGUGGGUUGGAUGGGUUACCCCUGAUUAUCAUUAUUAUAGCAACAAUUUCAACCUAAGCAAGAACAGAACAGUGACUGUAACCCUGGGGGAUGAACGUGGGCGAGUCCAUGAAAGUGUGAAGAGGAGUAACUGCUACAUGGUGUGGGGUGGUGAUGUGAACAGUGCUACUCACGCCACCAGCCGCAGCAAUGUUGACCUGGUGAUUGGAUGUUUAAUUGACCUCGCCACUGGCCUUGUCACUUUCACUGUCAACGGAAAGGAGAUAACCACAUCCUACCAGGUGGAACCCAACACAAAACUCUUCCCUGCUGUGUUCGUCCGACCCACCAGCCCAAACCUCUUUCAGUUCGAGCUGGCUAAAGUAAAGAACGCAAUGCCCCUGUCAUCAGCCAUCUUUAAGAGUGAACACAAGAACCCAGUGCCCCAGUGUCCGCCUCGGCUAGAUGUCCAGACAAUCAAUGCAGUGCUGUGGAGCCGCAUGCCCAACAUCUUCCUCAAAGUAGAAACAGCCAGAGUGAACGAGAGGCAAGGCUGGGUGGUUCAGUGUGUGGAGCCUUUGCAGAUGUUGGCAAUUCACAUACCUGAGGAGAACAGGUGUGUUGACAUUAUGGAGCUGUCAGAGCAGGAGGACAUGAGAAAGUUCCACUAUCACACAUUGAAGCUCUACUGUGCCCUCUGUGCACUGGGAAACACUCGCGUUGCCCACGCCCUCUGCAGCCACCUGGACCAGUCACAGCUCCUAUACACCAUCGAUAAUCAAUAUCUCUCCGGCAUGCUACGGGAGGGCUUCUACAAUGUUCUGAUCAGCAUCCACCUGGAGACAGCCAAGAAGGCCAGACUCAUGAUGAAAGAUGAGUUCAUCAUUCCAGUCACAGCUGAGACGCGUUCAAUUCGUCUUUUUUCAAGUGCUACAAAAAAACACAGCCCACCAGGGGUGGGGCUCAGCACCUCCCUAAAACCCCGCCUCAACUUUACACCACCAUGCUUCAUCAGCACCAAGAGGGAUUAUCUGUACAGUCCCCAAAUCCCACUGGAUGCACUUAAGGAAAAAGCAAUUUCAAUGCUGACAGAAGCUGUUCAAGGCGGCGGGCACCACAUUCGAGAUCCGGUUGGAGGAGGCGUAGAAUAUCAGUUUGUGCCCAUCCUGAAGCUGAUUAGCACCUUGCUGACGAUGGGUGUUUUAGGUAGCGAGGAUGUUCAAAAAGUUCUUUUGCUCAUUGACCCGAACGUGUUUAGAGAUGCACAUGUGGAAUGGGUCCCAGGAACCAUGGAAAAAGAGGGACUUACUGGGACUGAAGGCAAAGCGGUGGAAGCAGGAGAAGAAGAGGCAGCCAAAGAGGCCAAGCAGCCAAUAAAGGGGCUUCUAGAGAAGAGGCUGCCAGAGCCCGUCAAGCGACUGAUGUGUGAGCUGCUUCAUUAUUUUUGCGACUGCGAGCUAAAGCACCGUAUUGAGGCCAUUGUGUCGUUUUCAGACAGCUUUGUCUCCAAACUGCAGCACAAUCAGAAGUUCCGCUACAAUGAGCUCAUGCUGGCCCUCAAUAUGUCUGCAGCUGUUACAGCAAAGAAGACAAAAGAGUUCAGAUCACCUCCUCAGGAGCAGAUCAACAUGCUGCUGACUUUCAGCAUUGGUGAUGAUUGUCCAUGUCCUUUAGAAAUACAGGAGGAGCUCUAUAACUUCCACAACCAGCUGCAGCUCCACUGUGGAAUCCCGAUGGAGAAAGAUGAAGAUGAACGUGAUACAUCUAUUAAAGGUCGCCUCCUUAUGCUGGUGAACAAGAUUAAAAGUCAGUCUUAUAAAGCACAAGAACCAAUAGAGAAGAAACAAGCAGCACCGUCUAAUCUGAAGGAGCUCAUCUCUCAGACAAUGGUCAGCUGGGCACAAGAAUGUCACAUCCAAGACCCCAAGCUUGUUCGCAAGAUGUUCAGCUUGCUGAGGAGACAGUAUGACAGCAUUGGGGAGCUUCUUCGGGCAAUGAGGAAGACUUACACCAUUAGUGCUGCCUCUGUUCUGGACACUAUCAACCUCCUGGCCUCCCUCGGUCAGAUCAGGUCUCUGCUGUCUGUUCGCAUGGGGAAAGAGGAGGAAAAGCUCAUGAUUGAUGGACUCAGUGACAUCAUGAACAACAAGGUGUUUUACCAGCAUCCAAACCUGAUGAGAAUACUGGGCAUGCACGAGACUGUAAUGGAGGUCAUGGUGAACGUGCUUGGAGGAGACAAGUCCCAGGAAAUCGCUUUUCCUAAAAUGGUGGCCAGUUGUUGUCGUUUCUUGUGCUACUUCUGCCGAAUCAGCCGACAAAACCAGAAAGCAAUGUUUGAUCACCUUAGCUACCUGCUGGAAAACAGUAGCGUAGGCCUGGCUUCACCAGCAAUGAGAGGAUCUACUCCUCUAGAUGUAGCUGCAUCCUCUGUGAUGGAUAACAACGGCCUAGCUCUUGCAUUGGAGGAACCUGAUCUGGACAAGGUGGUCACAUACCUGGCUGGCUGUGGUCUACAGAGCUGUCCAAUGCUUGUGGCUAAAGGUUAUCCAGACAUUGGGUGGAACCCCAUUGAAGGAGAGCGUUAUCUCUCCUUCUUGCGCUUUGCAGUCUUUGUCAAUGGGGAGAGUGUGGAGGAGAACUCAAGCGUUGUGGUGAAACUACUUAUUCGUCGUCCAGAGUGUUUUGGUCCUGCUCUGAGAGGAGAGGGAGGAAACGGCCUACUGGCUGCUAUGAAGGAGGCUAUUAAAAUCUCAGAGACUCCUGCUUUGGACCUACCGGGCUCUGUGCAUCGAGUCAGCUCUGAUCUGUCUACUGAUCGUGAUGAUGAAGAGGAGGUGGUUCAUAUGGGCAACGCCAUCAUGUCCUUCUACUCUGCCCUUAUUGAUCUGUUGGGACGCUGUGCCCCAGAGAUGCAUCUCAUAAACAAGGGAAAAGGUGAAGCCCUGCGCAUUCGUGCGAUACUGCGUUCUCUAGUCCCCACCGAAGACCUUGUAGGAAUUAUCAGCAUUCCCCUGAAAACUCCCAUUAUCAACAAAGAUGGAUCAAUGACUGAACCUGACAUGUCUGCAAGUUUCUGUCCGGACCACAAAGCCCCUAUGGUGCUGUUUUUAGACAGGGUCUACGGCAUUGAGGACCAAAGUUUUCUGCUCCAUCUGCUCGAAGUUGGCUUCCUCCCCGACCUGAGGGCAGCCACCACUCUGGAUACGGAGGUUCUGUGUACCACUGAGACCGCCUUGGCUAUGAAUCGCUACAUCGGCUCAGCCAUGCUGCCCCUUCUUACCCGCUGUGCACCUCUCUUUGCUGGAACCGAGCACUAUGCAACCCUUAUUGACUCCACUCUUCACACUAUCUACCGGCUAUCAAAGGGCCGCUCACUGACCAAGGCACAGAGGGAUGCCAUAGAAGAGUGCUUGCUCUCUAUUUGCAAGUACCUUCGUCCCUCCAUGUUGCAGCAGCUCCUGCACCGUCUUGUCUUUGAUGUGCCCUUGCUAACUGAAUACUGCAAGAUGCCUCUAAGGCUUCUUACCAACCACUAUGAGCAGAACUGGAAGUACUACUGCCUCCCCUCGGGUUGGGGCAGUUUCGGCACAGCAUCUGAAGAUGAACUUCUGCUCACCAAGAGGAUCUUCUGGGGGGUAUUUGAUUCUUUGUCUCAGAGGAAAUAUGACCCAGAGUUAUUUAAGAUGGCCAUGCCCUGUCUCAGUGCUAUAGCUGGAGCUCUGCCACCAGACUAUGUGGAUGCCUCCUUUAGUGCAGCUGUUGAAAAGCCUGUUUCUUUGGAUGAUCAGGGAAACUUUGACCCCAAACCAAUCAACACUGCUAACAUUGUCUUACCAGAAAAGCUUGAACAUUUCACCAACAAAUAUGCAGAGCAUUGCCAUGAGAAAUGGUCUGCAGAAAAGGUGUUGCUAGGUUGGAAAUAUGGGGACUGUGUGGAUGAAAAAGGAAAAACACAUCCUCAGUUAAGGACCUACAAAGCCCUAACAGAAAAGGAAAAGGAGAUUUACAGAUUGCCUAUUAGGGACUCUCUGAAAAGCAUGCUGGCCAUGGGCUGGAGCAUUGACAGGACAAAGGAUGGAGAAUGCAUGUCUCUGCAAAGGGAAAAUGAGAGGAUGAGGAAAAUAUCUCAAGCUUCUCAGGCUAAUGGCUUUAAUCCCAGCCCAACAGACACAAGCAAUGUGAUUUUGUCAAGAGAAUUGCAGGGGAUGGUUGAAGUAAUGGCAGAGAAUUACCAUAACAUCUGGGCCAAGAAGAAGAAAAGUGACCUUGGAAGCAGAGGUGGAGGAACUCAUCCUCUCCUGGUGCCUUAUGACACCCUAACAGCCAAGGAGAAGGCCCGCGAUCGAGAGAAGGCCCUGGACAUUUUUCGCUUCCUGCAAAUCAAUGGCUACAGCAUCACAAGAGGGUUGAAAGACUUGGAGCAGGAUUCUUCUUCAAUGGAAAAAAGGUUUUCCUAUAAGUUCCUCAAGAAGCUACUAAAGUAUGUUGAUUCAGCCCAGGACUUCAUUGCCCACUUAGAGGCAAUGGCUGCUAGUGGAAAAACAGACCGAUCGCCUCAUGAACAAGAAAUCAAGUUUUUUGCCAAAGUUCUUCUCCCACUCAUCGAUCAGUACUUCAAAAACCACUCUCUGUAUUUCCUCUCCUCUCCAAGCAAGAAUCUAAGUAGCAGUGGUUAUGCCUCUAACAAAGAGAAGGAAAUGGUUGCCAGCUUGUUUUGCAAACUGGCAGCUCUUGUUAGACACAGGAUUUCUCUUUUUGUGUACGGAUAUCAAGUGAUAUCCUUUUUAUACACACAUUACCAAUUUAAUUUUGGUUCUAUUUUUAAAUAUCACAGGACAGUGAUGAAGUCCGGCUCGGAGCAAGUCAGGGUUGGGUUGAGGACCUUCUUUGAGAAUGCUGCAGAGGACUUGGAGAAGACCUUUGAGAACUUGAAGCUGGGAAAAUUCACUCAUUCUCGCUCACAGAUGAAAGGCGUGUCGCAGAAUAUCAAUUACACCACUGUGGCUUUGCUUCCCAUUCUAACUGCUCUGUUUGAACACAUCACCCAACACCACUUUGGAGUAGAUCUGCUUUUGGAUGAUGUCCAGGUGUCCUGUUAUCGAAUCCUGACCAGUCUCUAUGCACUUGGCACUGGAAAAAACAUCUAUGUGGAAAGGCAGCUGCCAGCUCUCGGUCAGUGUCUGGCUACCCUCGCUGGCGCCAUGCCUGUAGCCUUCCUGGAGCCAAAGCUCAACACGCACAACCCCUCUUCUGUUUUUAAUACCAAGAGUGCCAGAGAUCGAGCUGUCCUGGGAAUCAGAGAAUCUGUCGAGGAGAUGUGUCCUGGGAUGCCGCGGCUUGAUGGGCUCAUGAAAGACAUCAAUGACAUGGCUGAGUCUGGAGCACGGUACACUGAGAUGCCACAUGUAAUUGAGGUGGUGUUGCCCAUGCUGUGUAACUAUUUGUCCUACUGGUGGGAGAAAGGCCCUGAAAACCAGCCCACAAGUGGUGGCAGCAUUUGCUGCACUACUGUCACAUCAGAGCAUCUCAGCCUCAUCUUGGGCAACAUUUUAAAGAUCCUCAAUAACAAUCUGGGCAUCGAUGAGGCCUCAUGGAUGAAGAGAAUCGCAGUUUAUGUACAACCCAUCAUCAGUAAGGCCCGCGCAGACCUGCUGAAGAGCCAUUUCUUGCCAACCUUGGAGAAACUAAAGAAGAAAACUGUGAAAGUGGUGGCCGAAGAAGAGCUUCUGAAGGCUGACAGUAAAGGAGACACUCAGGAGGCUGAGCUGCUCAUUUUAGAUGAGUUUGCUGUUCUCUGCAGGGAUCUCUAUGCAUUUUACCCCAUGCUCAUCCGCUAUGUGGACAACAACAGGUCUAGGUGGCUAAAAGAACCGGAUUCAGACUCCAAUGAGCUCUUCAGAAUGGUCGCUGAGAUUUUCAUCCUAUGGUGCAAAUCACAUAAUUUUAAAAGAGAAGAGCAGAACUUUGUGGUGCAGAAUGAAAUCAAUAAUCUCUCCUUUUUGACCGGAGACAACAAAACAAAGAUGUCAAAGUCCUUUAAGGAAAAGUCUGGGGGACAAGACCAGGAGAGGAGACAUAAGAAAAGACGCGGGGAGUUCUACUCCAUCCAGACCUCACUAAUUGUAGCUGCUCUAAAGAAGAUGCUGCCAAUCGGUCUCAACAUGUGCACCCCCGGAGAUCAGGAGCUUAUUUCUCUAGCCAAGACCCGCUACCUAAUGAGAGAUACAGAUGAAGAGGUUAAAGACCAUAUACGUCAAAAUUUGCACAUCAGAGAAAAGUCAGAGGACCCUGCUGUGCGGUGGCAACUUAACCUUUAUAAGGACAUCGUGAUGAGGAUUGAGAGCCCACCUGACCCUGAACGAGUAGUUGAUCGCAUUCAAAGGAUUUCUGCGGCCAUCUUUAAUCUAGAGCAGGUGGAGCAGCCUCUGAGAUCCAAGAAGUGCGUUUGGCAGAAGUUGCUUUCCAAACAGAGGAAGCGAGCGGUCGUUGCUUGUUUCCGGAUGGCCCCGCUUUAUAAUCUACCGAGGCAUCGCUCUAUUAACCUCUUCCUUCUGGCAUAUCAAAGCAUAUGGAUAGAAACAGAGGAGUACUCUUUUGAGGAGAAGCUGGUGCAGGACCUUGCAAAAACACAGCCUAAAGUGGAAGAAGAGGAAGAGGAGGAAAUCCGAAAGCAACCGGAUCCUUUACACCAGCUCAUCCUUCAUUUCAGCCACAACGCUUUGACUGAAUGCAGUUCAUUGGAAGAGGAUCCCUUGUAUAUUGCAUAUGCUGAUAUGAUGGCAAAGAGUUGUGCUGAAGGUGAAGAGGAAGAGGAAGGAAAAGAGAAAACAUUUGAGGAAAAGGAAAUGGAGAAACAAAAGAUGCUGUAUCAGCAAGCCCGACUGCAUGAUCGAGGAGCAGCAGAGAUGGUUCUCCAAAUGAUUAGUGCCAGCAAAGGUCGGCUUGGUGCAACUGUGACCUUCACCCUCAAACUGGGAAUCUCCAUUCUCAAUGGUGGAAACAUCCUGGUCCAGCAAAAAAUGCUGGAUUAUCUGAAGGAAAAAAGAGAUGUGGGGUUUUUUAAAAGUUUGUCUGGACUGAUGAUGUCAUGCAGUGUCUUGGAUUUAAAUGCCUUUGAAAGGCAAAACAAAGCUGAAGGCCUGGGAAUGGUAACUGAAGAGGGAUCAAUCAACGUGAGUGAGCGGGGUUCCAAGGUUCUACAAAAUGAUGAGUUCACCAAGGAUCUUUUUAGGUUUCUGCAACUUCUUUGUGAGGGUCAUAACAAUGAUUUUCAAAAUUUCCUGAGGACCCAGACUGGGAAUACAACCACAGUCAAUAUCAUCAUCAGCACAGUCGAUUACCUGCUAAGACUACAGGAAUCGAUCAGUGAUUUCUACUGGUACUAUUCUGGUAAAGAGGUCAUUGACGAAGCUGGCCAGAGGAAUUUCUCUAAAGCGCUAUCGGUCGCCAAACAGGUCUUCAACUCUUUAACAGAGUAUAUACAGGGUCCAUGCAUAGGUAAUCAGCAGAGUCUGGCUCACAGCAGGCUUUGGGAUGCAGUUGUGGGCUUUUUGCAUGUUUUCGCCAACAUGCAGAUGAAGUUAUCCCAGGACUCCAGUCAGAUUGAAGUACUGAAGGAGCUCCUGGACCUGCAGAAGGACAUGAUUGUCAUGAUGCUUUCUCUUCUCGAAGGUAAUGUUGUCAACGGAACUAUUGGCAAACAGAUGGUGGACACCUUGGUGGAAUCUUCAAGCAAUGUUGAGAUGAUCCUGAAAUUUUUCGACAUGUUUCUCAAGCUGAAGGACUUGACGACUUCAGACAGCUUUAAGGAGUAUGACUCUGAUAGUAAAGGGGUCAUCUCUAAGAAAGAUUUCCAGAAGUCCAUGGAGAACCAGAAGCAAUACUCUCAGUCUGAGAUUGAGUUUCUUCUCUCCUGUGCUGAAGCAGAUGAGAAUGACAUGUUCAGCUACAAGCAAUUUGUGGAGAGAUUUCAUGAACCAGCAAAGGACAUUGGCUUUAAUGUAGCAGUGCUGCUCACCAACCUCUCAGAGCACAUGCCCCACGACUCCCGUCUGUCGACGUUCCUUAACCUGGCUGAAAGCGUACUCAGCUACUUUGAGCCAUUCUUGGGUCGCAUUGAGAUCAUGGGUGGAGCCAAGCGCAUUGAGAGAGUCUACUUUGAGAUUAGUGAGUCAAGUCGUACGCAGUGGGAGAAGCCUCAAGUGAAAGAGUCAAAAAGGCAAUUCAUAUUUGAUGUGGUCAAUGAAGGCGGGGAGAGCGAGAAGAUGGAGCUGUUUGUCAACUUCUGUGAGGACACCAUCUUUGAGAUGCAGCUUGCUUCUCAGAUUUCUGAGCCAGAUCCUGUUGAGCGUUCAGAUGAAAAUGAGGAUGAGAGCCAGAGUGUGGUGGAGAACCAAGAAGAGGAAGAAGAAGAGAAUGUCAUGAUGGAGUCUUCCUCUGCAUUUACAAUUGCCUGCAUCUCAAUGCGAAAAAGCCUAUGUCACUUUCAACAGUUACUCACUCUGAAGAGCAUGAGGCGUCAAUACAGGAGAUUCAGAAAGAUGAGUUUAAGGGAGAUGGUGAGGGGUUUCUUCUCAUUUUUCUGGAUGAUCAUCACUGGUCUCUUCCACUUUAUCUACAGCCUGGUUUGGGGUUUCUUCCACAUAUUGUGGACCACUAUGUUUGGCGGUGGUCUGGUUGAAGGGGCUAAGAACAUGAAGGUGACAGAUAUUUUAGGAAACAUGCCAGACCCAACUCAGUUUGGGAUCCAUGGAGAUGUGCUGGAAACAGAAAAGAUGGAAGCCAACGAUGCCUCAGCCUUGGAGGAGAUGGGUCAGAUGGCUCAGGGCGAUGCAGCAGAGGCUGACCUGAUGGCCGAGCUUCUCAACAUACAGCCUAAGAGGGAAGGCAAGCAUGGGGCCGAGCCAGGUUUGGGGGACGUAUCGGAGGUGGUGGUAGGAGAUGCUCCAUCAAUAGCCAGUGCUGUCAGACAGAAGAAAGCACAGAUGGCUGCAAAGAAGUCAUCAAAUGGAGACUACAAAUCAGACUCUGAGAAGGGAGAUUCAGAGGAUGGUGAGAAAAAGGACCAUGACAAGGCCAAGGAUGAAGCUCCUCCACAGCCUUCUGCAGAGGAGAGGAGAGCUCCAAAGAAGAGGCUUGGCCUGAGGAAAGAACCGCCGAAGGCCUUUAUGGCCAGCUUUCUGGCUGGCUUAGAAAUCUACCAGACUAAGAUACUGAACUAUUUGGCUCGGAAUUUCUACAACUUACGCUUCCUGGCACUUUUUGUUGCUUUUGCAAUCAACUUCAUACUGCUCUUCUACAAGGUGACUGGUGAUUACUCAGAGGAUGAAGACCCCUGGAAUCGAAGAGGCAGAGUGGGAGAGGAGGAGGAUGAAGGAGCGCUUGAGUACUUUGUUCUGCAGGAAAGCACUGGUUACAUGGCACCAACCCUUUGUUGUUUAGCAAUCCUGCAUACCAUCAUAUCCUUCCUGUGUGUUGUUGGAUACUAUUAUUUGAAGGUGCCAUUGGUGGUGUUCAAGCGGGAAAAGGAGAUUGCGAGGAAGUUGGAGUUUGCAGGCCUCUAUAUCACUGAACAACCGUCUGAUGAUGACAUUAAAGGACAGUGGGACAGACUCGUCAUUAAUACUCCCUCCUUUCCCAACAACUACUGGGAUAAAUUUGUCAAACGCAAAGUGAUAAAAAAGUAUGGGGAUCUCUAUGGAGCAGAGAGGAUUGCAGAACUGCUGGGGUUGGACAAGAGUGCUCUCGAUUUCAACCCUACAGAGGAAACUGUUGCCAAGGAGGCAUCGCUGCUGUCAUGGCUGAGCUCCAUCGAUACAAAAUAUCAUGUCUGGAAAAUGGGGGUGGUGUUUACAGACAACUCAUUCCUGUAUCUAGUUUGGUACACCACAAUGUCCAUUCUGGGGCACUACAACAACUUCUUCUUUGCUGCUCAUCUGCUGGACAUUGCUAUGGGUUUCAAGACCCUGCGCACAAUCCUCUCCUCUGUUACCCAUAAUGGCAAACAGCUGGUGUUGACAGUCGGCCUGCUGGCAGUCGUUGUCUAUCUCUACACUGUGGUGGCCUUUAACUUCUUCAGGAAGUUUUACAACAAGAGUGCAGAUGAUGAUGAACCGGACAUGAAGUGUGAUGACAUGAUGACGUGCUACCUGUUCCACAUGUAUGUUGGGGUGAGAGCGGGAGGUGGCAUUGGGGACGAAAUUGAAGACCCAGCAGGCGACCCAUAUGAGCUCUACCGCAUCCUAUUUGAUAUUACCUUCUUCUUCUUUGUCAUCGUAAUCCUGUUGGCUAUCAUUCAGGGUUUGAUCAUUGAUGCCUUUGGAGAACUAAGAGAUCAGCAGGAACAAGUCAAAGAGGACAUGGAGACAAAAUGUUUCAUUUGUGGCAUUGGUAAUGACUACUUUGACACAACGCCUCACGGCUUCGAGACCCACACCUUGCAAGAGCACAAUUUGGCCAACUACCUGUUUUUUCUGAUGUACCUCAUCAAUAAGGAUGAAACGGAGCACACUGGCCAGGAGUCCUACGUGUGGAAGAUGUAUCAGGAGCGCUGCUGGGAUUUCUUCCCAGCUGGAGACUGCUUUCGGAAGCAGUAUGAAGAGCAGCUUGGAUAGAGAGACAGAUUUUCCUCUCCUCCAUCCAGACCGAUGCAACACACACAGUCAACCCAUGUUUUUAUUAAAAACUAAGAUGGAAGGAGGUCAUGUUGAUCAUCAAUGUUGGUACAGAAAAAAGAAAAAGACCUCUGACUUACUCAGAUGUAUUUGAUCUGUUUUAGAUUUGGGACAUGUUAUAGACGUGUGUUGCCUUUUCAACAACAUAACCCCAAGUUAUUGCACAAUUUAUUUUUUUUUAAUAUUAUUUAUUUAUAGUGUUUUUGAAAAAUUGUGGGUGUGUGGGGUUAUCAGACAAUGUGUCAGUCAAUAUUAUGCACAAUGUAUGAAUGUCGAACCUGAGACUUAAUGCCAAAAGAAAAGCAGAGAGGUAUAGCAGAUGUACUUAGUGGGCAAAAAUGUGAUUGAAGAAAAGUUUUAUUGAGAUGUUGUAACAUUGCAUAUUAAAGUGACGUUUCUAGAAAGCAGGGGCAAAAAGGUAAAUUAAAUGCCUAGAAUUCUAUAUGAAGUGCCUUAAAGUACUGUAUCUACAUUACAAUUAAGCUAUGCAAAACCUUUGUUUGUCUUUUUCUUUAUUGUAUGUAAUACAAUAGUCUAACUAGAGUGGAAAUCUGUCAGCUGACUGGAUAGAUGAUGUAAAAGUAGUUGAAUAUGGAUUGAAAAUGUUGGUAUUUCCUAUUUUGUUGCUUUAUGCAGCAUAACUUCAAAUGUCCGAGAUACAGUGAAAAAAACAGCAAAUGAAACAAACCGAUCAACCCUCAAACAUGAAAAAAAAAAACUGCUAUUGUAUGGCAAUUUGUAUGUAAUAGCUUUGCUGAUCUGUGCAUUAUGUUUGAUGGAAGAGGAAUAAAUUGUUGAAGAAUUAAUA